AGUGGGAAGAGGAGGAGAGGAGGGGGCGGGACCAACUCCAGCAUUCGCAGCAGCUGAUUGGAAGCCAGGAGAUGUCGUCGGCGGAAGUAGUUUGCUCUGCCAGGGCGGGAAGACUGCUGCUGCUCCACAUGUCAACAAACAACCGGACUACACCGACCUGAGAGACAGCCGGUUACCAGUAACACCGUCGUUAGGCUGUUAGCUCCGACUGCAGGAUAUUAAGGUCAGAGUCUGUGUGGACAGCGGGUUGAUACAUAAAGAGGAGUCAUGCAGGCCUUUUUGAAAGGAUCGACUGUUCAGACUACCAGACCUCAGAAAGACAAGGCAGCAGCAGGACCCAGUACAGAGAAGAAAGCCAAGGCUAUUCCUUGGGUAGAAAAGUACAGGCCCAAGUGUGUUGAUGAGGUGGCCUUUCAGGAUGAGGUGGUAGCAGUGCUGAAGAAGUCUCUGCAAGGAGCAGAUCUUCCCAACUUGCUCUUCUAUGGCCCUCCUGGAACAGGAAAGACCUCGACCAUCUUAGCUGCUGCCAGAGAACUUUAUGGUCCACAGCUGUACAAACAGAGGGUGCUGGAGCUCAAUGCCUCCGACGAACGAGGCAUCCAGGUGGUCCGAGAGAAGGUCAAGAACUUUGCUAAGCUCACCGUGGCCGGGACUCGCCCAGAUGGGAAGCCGUGUCCUCCUUUUAAGAUCAUCAUCCUGGACGAGGCGGACUCCAUGACGAGACCGGCUCAGGCCGCUCUCAGGCGGACCAUGGAGAAGGAGUCCCGCACCACCCGUUUCUGCCUCAUCUGUAACUACAUCAGCAGGAUUAUUGAGCCCCUGACCUCCAGAUGUUCCAAGUUUCGCUUCAAACCUCUAGCCAAUCAGAUCCAAGAAGAGCGCCUGCUGGACAUCUGCGGGAAGGAGAACCUCAAGUACACCAAAGAGAGUAUAGAAGCAUUGGUGAGGGUGUCUGAGGGAGACCUGCGGAAAGCCAUAACCUUCCUCCAGAGUGCUGCACGCCUCAACGUCGACAAGGAGAUCACAGAGGGCGCCGUCAUUGAAAUAGCCGGGGUUAUCCCUCCCAAGAGGAUUGACAACUUGCUCCAGAUAUGCUUCACAGGAACAUUUGAGAAACUCGAGGUUGCCGUCAGGAACAUGGUGGAUGACGGCUAUUCAGCCACACAGAUCCUGGGUCAGCUCCACGAGUCUAUCAUAGAGCAGGACCUGAGUGACAAGCAGAAGUCAGCCAUCACAGAGAAGAUGGCGGUUGUGGGGAAGUGCCUGUCGGACGGUGCAGAUGAGUACCUGCAGAUGUUGAGUCUGUGUUCAGUCAUCAUGCAGCAGGCCUCCCAGAACAACUAGAUCUCCACAAAGCAGCAUACUCUCCCCAGAGAGAGUACUGUCAUCCGCAUCCAGCAGGACCAACUGAGACAUCGGCACUUCACUCUGAUUCAGCAGAGUUCGUUCACAGUUGUGGUUUGGGACGUCCUCCAGUAGACACUAGAUGUUAGUGGUGGUGUUUACUGUCAGAGACCACAUCUGUCGAGGUGUAAGACACGACCACGUGAACAUGGCUUUCAAAACCUCUCUUGCUGUUAAAUCACCCAUCACAUGUCUCUGUAUUCAUUUUCAUUCAUGUAGCUAAAAACACAUCCUUGUACACUUUUUGCAUUUUUGAAAGUAAUAAAUAGUUUUUUGCA